UAACAUGAUGCAGUUGAAAGGCAAUUCAAUGUUUGUACAGUACAAUGUAAAAUAAGAAAAGAUAUAAAUGAAAUUGCAAUAUAGGUUGUCCCGUGUGAUUACAAUAUAGAUUAUUUACAUCCAAUGUCAUCCAGGCUCGGCAGAUGUUUGACGGGGAAUAUAGGAGUUUGGAAUGCUUGUAUGCAGCUGACAUUGUCCAAGUUCCAAAGCCAAUUAAAGUUAUAGAUUUACCAGAGGGAGGCUCAGCAUUGGCCAUGGAACAUGUUCAGAUAGAUAGUUUGUCCACACAGACAGGAUAACUAGGGGAAUUGAUGGCCAGGUUACAUUUGCGAAAUUCUGAGUUGCUGGAAAAGUCUAAGAGGACUGAGAAAUAUGCUGGAAAAGCCAACCAGUUAACUCCUGUCACACAAUUUGGAUUCGACACAACCACUUGUUGUGGGUACUUACCACAGGACAAUACUUGGCAGUGUAACUGGACGGAUUUUUAUUCAAGAAAACUACAACAUCAGAUGAAUUUGAUAGAAAAGGAUUACAGAGACAAAGAAGCAAGAGAACUAUGGUCAGAAUUACAACUGAAACUUCCCACGUUCUUUAACAUGUUGGAUGACAUACAGCCAGCUCUGAUGCAUGGGGAUUUAUGGGGAGGAAAUGUUGGUGAAAACAAAAAUGGCCCAGUAAUAUAUGAUCCUGCUAGUUUUUAUGGCCACUCUGAGUUUGAUUUAGCCAUUGCAAAGAUGUUCGGUGGAUUUGGUUCAUCUUUCUUUGACAACUACCACAAGGUUAUCCCACAGUCUUCUGGUUUCAAACAGAGGGAAAAUCUGUAUAACCUCUUCCACUACCUCAAUCAUUGGUAA